AUGGGAGACAAUAAACCUGGAGGAAUAGUAGCAGCUGCAAAGAACCGUCUGCAGGUGGUGAAAGGUUUGGAGGAUGUGGAGGUGUCUGAGUGUGAGAGCUGCUCCUUUGAGGUGACCCUCAACUUGGCCUACAUCGAGGGUGUGUGGACGAAGGAUGGGAUGAGGCUCAAGUCUAAGCCCACCUGCCGCAUCAGCACAAAUGCGAAGAGACACUCCCUCAUACUGAGCAGGGUGGCUUUGGGAGACGCUGGCUUGAUCUCUUUUCAGGCCAAUGAUAUUCAGACCUCGAGCAGACUCAGUGUCAGAGCUAGGGACAUCCACAUGGUAAAGGAGCUGGAGGAUGUUGAUACGAUGGAGCGUCAACCUGUCAGUUUCCUGUGUGAGGUUAACCAGGUGGAUGUGGAUGGUCGGUGGUAUAGAGAUGACUGCAGAAUCCGACCUGGGGACAACAUCAAGAUCAGACAUCAGGGUAAAACUCACACCCUGUCCUUUAAGUCAGUCAGGCCAGAGCAUGCUGGAGAGAUCAGAUUCACUGCAGAGCGUGUCUCAACCUAUGCCACUCUCACAGUAGAAGAGCUCCCUAUUCAAAUAGUGCGUCCUCUGAGGGUCAAGAUAGCCAUGUAUCACCACCGAGGUCUUCUGGAGUGCCAGGUGUCACGGCCUAAUGCUCAGGUCAGAUGGUACAAGAAUAGGAAGGAGCUCUUGCCCAGUAGGAAGUAUCAGCUGAUCAGUGAAGAUGUCUACAGGCAGCUGACCAUUGACAACGUCUGCUCCUCUGAUGAGGAUACCUACACCUGUGAUGCUGGAGAUGACAAAACCUCUUGUCAGCUUCUGGUGGAGGAGCAGGCUAUUAAAAUUGUGCGGGGCAUGAGCUCAGUGGAGGUGAUGGAGCCAGAACCUGCGCAGUUCCAGGUAGAGACCAGCCUGAAGUCAGGGAGGCCACCUAAAUGGACCCUGAACGGUGAGGUGCUGGAGCACGGCACAGCAGUGAACAUCGACAGAGAGGGCACCGUCCACAGCCUCUGUCUCACCUCCACAGAAAGCUCCAUGUCUGGGCCUGUGCUUUUUGUUGCUGGCAAGAGUCGUUCCUCUGCUCAGCUGACUGUGAAAGAGCGACCUCUCCAGAUUGCCCGCCAUUUGGACGAUGCAGAGGCAAAAGAGAACAGCUCUGUGACCCUGAGCUGUGCGUUUGCCCCCUCUCCAAGGGUGGUAAGGUGGUUCAAAGGUCGUACAGCUCUGAAGACCUCAAACAAGUACAGCAUGAAGAGAGAGGGUAAACGAGCAGAGUUGACCAUUCAUGGCUUGACAGGGAUGGAUGCAGGACAGUACCGCUGCAUGGCUGGGGGUUCACAGAGCACAGCACAUGUGACGGUAGAAGUGAGAACAUUGAAGUUAGUGAAACACCUUAAAGCUGUGGAAAUUGAGGAGGACGGUGUUGCCACAUUCUCAUGUGAGCUCAACUAUGUGGUUGCCAAUGUGGAGUGGCUCCUCAACAAUGUUCGCCUCUAUUCCAACGCCAUCAACAGGAUACAGCACAUGGGCACUAUGCACAGCCUCACAAUUAAGAAGCUGCGGCCACAGAAGAGCAUGGUCACCUUCAAAGUAGGCCUUCUUUCUGAGACAACAACCUUAGAGGUCAAAGAGCGCCCAGCAGUGUUCCUCAGGUCUCUUGAGGAUGCAGUAGGAGAAGAGCAAGGGGAGGUCUGCUUGCAGUGUGAAAUUUCCAAAGAGACACUGACCCCUGUUUGGAGGAAGGACGGUGUGGUGCUGAUGGCUGAUGACAAACAUGAGCUGCUUCAGUGCGGGAAGUCCAUGGCACUAAUUGUUCAUUCCCUGAGCAAGGACGACGCUGGCCUGUACACCUGUGACCUGGGCACCAGCCAGACCAAAGCUAAAGUUUGUGUACAUGACUUGCAUAUCACCAUUAUUCAUCGCUUGAAGACAACCUCUAUUAUGGAGGGUGAAAACUGCACUUUUGAGUGUCAGCUCUCUCAUGAUCUCAAUGAUGAGCCUUCCUGGACCAUCAAUGGCCAGGUGGUAGUCACCAACAGCCGAAUCCAGGUUUUCAACAAUCACUGCAGGUACAGAAUGACCAUUAGAGAUGCUGUACUGUCUGACGCUGGAGAUGUGGUCUUCACAAUUAAAGACCUAAGCUGUAGGACCAUGCUCUUUGUGAAAGAGAAGCCAGUGCACAUUUAUAGGGAGCUGCUGAAUGUCAAGGCUGUGCCGGGUGAGGAUGCAGAGCUGAGCUGUGAGAUCACCAAACCUGAAGCCACAAUCCGCUGGAUGAAAAAUGGACAUGUAAUCAGGCAGAGCCCAAAGUAUGAGAUGAGUGUGGAGAAAAACCUUGCAAGGCUGCUAAUCAAAAAUACCACCAUCAAAGACUCUGGAGAGUACUGCUGUGAAGCAGACGGUGUUGCCUCCCGUGCCAAGGUGGAGAUCAGAGAGCUCCAGCACACAUUUGCAAGGGAGUUAAAAGACACCCAAGCAGAGGAAAAGGGUAAAGUGACUCUGGAGUGUGAGACCAGGCGGCCAGCCAAGCGUGUGACCUGGCGGAAGGGCAUGAUGGAGCUGCGGUCUGGUAGGAAGUAUGUCUUGAGGCAGAAGGGUGCGGUGCUUUCCCUGACCAUCACCUGUCUGGAGAAAUCGGACACGGAUAUUUACACAUGUGACGUUGGUACCAUGCAGAGCUGGGCACAGUUGACUGUACAGGGCCAGAAGGUAUUGAUCCUGGAUGAACUACAGGAUAUUGAGUGCCUAGAGGGGGAUACGGUUACAUUCAGGUGUCAAAUCUGCCCCAGCGACUAUACCGGGGUCAAGUGGUAUCUGGAUGAGACACUACUGUACACCAAUAAUCUUAAUGAGAUCCAGAUGGUGCCAGGAGGCUACCACACCCUCACGUUUAGACAGCUUGCCCGCAAAGACACUGGCACUAUCUCGUUUGCAGCAGGGGACAAACGGUCAUAUGCCUCACUGUUGGUUAGAGAGAGGCGUCCAACCAUCUGUAAAGCGCUGGAAGACUGUGAGGCUAUUGAAGGAGGUGGUUUGGUUUUGUCCUGUGUGACCUCCAAGCCAUGUCACAUCAUGUGGUACAAAGAUAGCUGCCUGAUGUGGAACUCAUCAAGGUAUUUUGCUAGUCGUUCUGGCUGCGAGGCUCGGCUGACCAUUCGGGAGGUCUGCAGUGGUGAUGCCGGGGUGUACGAGUGCAGUGCUGGAUCUGUUACAACUAGGGCCAUUGUAACAGUUAAAGCCAUCCCAGCUGAGUUCACUCAGCCUCUACAGACCGUGGAGGCCAAAGAAGGUGAGACUGUUACCCUGACCUGUGAAUACUCUUUGCCUGGAGUCCAGUUCCACUGGAGGAAAGGUCUGGAGAGCAUCAGACAUGGAGACAAAUAUGUGAUGAAACAGAGGAAGACGAUCAAUUCUCUCACCAUCAAAGUCCUGAAGUCUGAGGACUCAGGAGAGUACACGUGUCAAUGCAGAGACCACUGCACUACAGCAAGACUUAAAGUACAUGCUAUCCCUAUUACAUUCGUACAGCAGCUGAAGAACAUGCAAGCAGAGGAGGGCAGCAAUGUCAUCUUGCGCUGUGAACUUUCCAAACCUGGAAUACCAGUGGAAUGGAGGAAGGACCAUGAACUGUUGAAGAAUGGGGUUAAGUACCAGAUAAGGAAAAGGGAAACCACGCUGGAACUUCUCAUAUGGAAGCCUGUGCCUGAAGACAGUGGUGUCUACAGCUGCCUUUGUGCCGAUCAGAGGACAACUGCCACUAUCAAAAUUACAGCUCUCCCAGUCACCUUCAAGCAGAGGUUAAGGAAUGUACUGAUGGAGGAGGGCAACACUGCAACUUUACGCUGUGAGUUGUCUAAACCGGGUCACUUGGUGGAGUGGAAGAAGAGUGGGGAUGAGCCCAUUAGGAAUGGUGAGAAAUAUCAUAUGCGGCAGAGAGACAUGCUGAUUGAACUGAGGAUCUUUAAUGUGACACCUGAAGACAGCGAUAUCUACACGUGCAUCUGUGGAAACAUAGAGAGCACUGCAACUCUGACUGUAAAUGCUCUUCCCAUCACCUUCAAGCAAAAGCUGAAGAACCUUCAAGUCGAGGAAGGAAACAACAUCACACUGCAUUGUGAGAUCUCUAAACCUGGCAUCCUAGGGGAGUGGAGACUCAAAGGAGAUCUGUUGGAAAAUGGAGAGAAGUACCAGAUUAAGCAGAGGGACUCAGUCCUGGAGUUGACCAUCAGAGAUGCUAUACUAGAGGACAGCGGAGUCUAUACAUGUGUCUGUAGAGAGCAGAAGACGAAGGCAACUGUUAAAGUUAUAGCGGUUCCUGCCACAUUUAAAGUGAGCCUGAAAAGUCAGGAGGCUGAAGAGGGGAACAGCGUGACAUUACACUGUGAGCUGUCAAAAAAAGGAGUCCAAGUGCAGUGGCAGAAGGAGGGUCAGGUGUUGUCUGAGGAGGUAUCUCGAGGAAAAUAUCAGAUUAAGAUAGAAGAAAAAACAGCUCAGAUGACCAUUCUCAAUGUUCAACCAGAGGAUGCAGGGAAGUACAGCUGCAUCACAGGAGAUGAGAAGACCACUGCUGCGGUCAAAGUGAAGCCACUGCCCAUUAAAUUCAAAUGGGAGAUUCAGCAUCUGGUGGUGACGGAAGGAGAUGGUGGAGUCUUCUGCUGUGAGCUCUCAAAACCUGGCGCUCCAGUGGAGUGGAGGAAAGGCAGAGUCAUCCUGAAGCCUGGAGACAAAUAUGAGAUGACGCAAGAGGGACGUCUCACUAAACUAAUCAUCAAUAACGUUGAGGAGAGUGAUGCUGGGAAAUACACCUGCAAGAGCAAAGACAGCCAAUCAACUGCUGAGCUCACUGUCCAAGAAUCACCACAGCGCAGACGUGAAAGAGCUUUGCCACCAAGGUUCAAGUUGCCACUAGUUAACCAGGAGGUUACUGAGGGCAACAGUGUGGUUCUGCGAUGUGAGCUUGACAAACCUGCUCCAUCGGUGGAGUGGAGAAGAAGAGAGGUCCUUCUGAGGAAUGGAGACAAAUACCAGAUGAGGAAGAAGGAAUUGCAGGUGGAGAUGAAGAUUGUGGACAUCAGUCUGGACGACAUCGGAGAUUACACUUGCAUAUGUGGAGAAGAAAGGACAACAGCUUCUAUCCUAGUCAACGAACGGCCCAUCAGAUUCCUCCAAGAACUGAAAAAUAUUCAGGUGCAGGAGGGCAAUGGAGUAACUCUCCGCUGUGAGCUGUCCAAACCCGGAGUCCCAGUGCAGUGGAGGAAGGGAGACAAUGUGUUGACCAACGGAGAUAAGUACCAGAUGAAGCAGAGCAGCUCCACUCUGGAGCUUCUCAUCAGGAAAAGCCAGCCUGAGAACAGUGGCAUUUACAGCUGUGUUUGUGAAGACAUAAAAACUACUGCUACUGUUAUAAUCACUGCGAUUCCAGUGACUUUUAAGCAGAAGUUGAAGAACCAGGAAGCUGUGGAGGAGGGCUGUGUGACACUGCGCUGUGAGCUCUCUAAGCCAGGAGUCCCAGUCGAGUGGAGGAGAGAUGCUUUACUCCUGAAGGAAGGUGAAAAGUAUCAGAUGAAGCAAGAGGGCAGAGUGUCUGAGUUGCUGAUCAGAAAUGUAGCUCUCACAGAUGCUGCGGAGUACAGCUGUUUUGUUGGCACUGUUGUGACUUCAGCUGACAUCAAAAUAAGAGCACUUCCUGUAACAUUUAAGCAAGAGGUGAAGAAUUUGGAGGUAAAGGAAGGGGACAGUGGAGUCUUCUGUUGUGAGCUCUCCAAGCCUGGAGCUCCAGUGGACUGGAGGAAAGGCAGAGUCAUCCUUAAGCCUGGUUACAAAUAUGAGAUGAAACAGGAGGGACAUCUUGCAAAACUGAUUGUUAAUAACAUAGAGGAGAAUGAUGCUGGAAAAUACACCUGCAAGACUAAAGACAGCCAAUCAACUGCUGAGCUCAUUGUUAAAGCUCCUCCCAUCACAUUCAAAACCAAGUUAAGGAACCAGCAAGUGGAGGAAGAGAACAGUGUCACGUUAAGUUGCGAGUUGUCUAAGCCUGGCCUUGCGGUGGAGUGGAAGAAAGGGAAUGAGCUGCUGAAGAGCAAUUUCAAAUACCAGAUUAAAAAUCGAACUAGCACCUUGGAGCUGACCAUUAAAAAUGCACAGCUGGAGGACAGUGGACUCUACAGCUGUAUCUACGGCGAUGUCAAGACCACUGCCAACAUCACCAUUACAUCUAUCCCCCUAACCUUUAAGACGGGUCUGAAGAACCAGGAGGCCCCUGAAGGAGGCAAUGUGACCCUUCGGUGUGAACUGUCCAGGGCAGGGGUGCCUGUACAGUGGUGGAAAGGGGAAGACCAGCUCUGUCAUGGAGGACGAUAUCAGAUGUCACUGAAGGGGAUGAUAGCUGAAAUGCACAUUCGAAACAUCCAGCCAGAGGAUGUUGGAGAGUACAGCUGUACCUUUGGAGAGCAAAGGACAACAGCUGAAGUGAACGUGAGAGCGGCGGCAUCAGUGUUCUUUGUGAAGGAGCUGGAGAACCAAGCAGUGAUGGAGGGGAAAUCUGUGCUGCUGUUUUGUGAGAUUUCCAGUGGUAAUGUCCCUGUAACAUGGAAGAAGGACAGCACUGUGUUGGAAGAUGGAGGACGAUACAUUUUAAAGAAACAAGGUCCUAAACACACACUGGAGAUCAAGAAAUUGAAUCUGUAUGAUGCGGGCGAGUACUGCUGUAUCACCAGGGGCAAGAAAACCACUGCCAAGCUGAUUGUGAGGGAGCGCGUGCAGAUUGUUACAGAGCUGCGAGACAUGACAGUGACAGCGGGACAGGACGCAGUGUUUGUGUGUGAGCUGAGCCAUGCUGAUGUGACUGAGGGUGUCUGGUGGCUUGGCUCCAGUCAAUUGCAGCAGAAUGAGAUGAACCAGAUGUCAUGCCAGGGUCGCCAACACCGACUGGUCCUCACCAUGACCACACCUGAGGAGACAGGCACUGUGGCAUUUGUGGUUGGGGAGGAGAGGACCUCUGCAAGUUUGCUAGUGGUUCCUAAGCCCAAAGUUUUAUUUGAGGAGGAGCCUAAAGAUAUUGUGAUAAUGGAAGGGGAGACUGCUACUCUGUCCUGCACAACCUCUGACUUCACCACUCCUGUAACUUGGAGACGCAACCAUAUCCCCCUCCGAAAUGGUGAUAAAUACGAGAUAUGUAAGGAAGGAAAAGUUAACCUGUUGCUUAUCCAUGAUGUGGAGCCCCUGGAUACUGGAAUAUACUCCUGUGAUACUGGAGAUGUGCAGAGCACUGCCAAGCUUACUGUAACAGUGCUCCCUCCAUUCUUCCAGGAGGAAUUGCAGAGUGUAGAGGCAGAGGAGGGAGAUUCAGCUUCUCUGUACUGUGAGGUAUCUAAACUUGGAGUGCCAGUUCAAUGGAAAAAGAACGGGCUGCCACUGAGAGCCAGCAGGAAAUAUGAGAUGAAACAAGAUGGCUGCUUCCUCCAGCUCCACAUCAAGGAUCUCAAACUUGAGGACAGUGGCAGCUACUCAUGUCAAGCAGGAAGUGCAGAGACCACUGCAGCUGUGUUAGUGACAGAGCUCCCUCCAUUCUUCAAGAAAGAAUUGCGAAGUGUGGAGGCUGAGGAGGGAGGUACAGUCUCUCUGUACUGUGAGCUGUCUAAACCUGGUGUGCCAGUACAGUGGAAGAAAAACAGGAUGCCACUGAGGGCCAUCGGGAAGUAUGAGAUGAAACAAGAUGGCUGCCUCCUUCAGCUACACAUCAAGGAUCUCAAACCUGAAGACAGUGGCAUCUACUCAUGUAAAGCAGAAAGUGCAGAGACAGCUGCAACUGUGAAAGUGAAAGAGCUCCCACCAUUUUUCAAAGAAGAAUUGCAGAACAUCAAGGCUGAGGAGGGUGGUACGGCUUUACUGUGCUGUGAGGUAUCUAAGCCAGAGGUAGCCAUACAAUGGAAGAAGAACAAGCUGCCACUGAGAACCAGCAGGAAGUAUGAGAUGAAGCAGGAUGGCUGUCUCCUCCAGCUACACAUCAAGGACAUCAAACCUGAGGACAGUGGGAGCUAUACAUGUCAGGCAGGAAGUGCAGAGACCACUGCAGCUGUGUCUGUUAAAGAGCUCCCUCCAUUCUUCAAGAUAGACUUACAAAGCGUGGAGGCUGAGGAGGGAGGUGAGGCCUCUCUAUACUGUGAACUGUCUAAACCCGGAGUGUCAGUGCAAUGGAAAAAGAACAGACUAACACUGAGGGCCAACAGAAGGUAUGAGAUAAAACAAGAUGGCUGCCUCCUUCAGCUACACAUCAAGGAUCUCAUACCUGAAGACAGCGGCAGCUACUCAUGUCAAGCAGAAAGUGCAGAGACGGCUGCAACUGUAAAAGUGAAAGAGCUCCCACCAUUUUUCAAAGAAGAAUUGCAGAACAUCAAGGCUGAGGAGGGUGGUACGGCUUUACUGUGCUGUGAGGUAUCUAAGCCAGAGGUAGCCAUACAAUGGAAGAAGAACAAGCUGCCACUGAGAACCAGCAGGAAGUAUGAGAUGAAGCAGGAUGGCUGUCUCCUCCAGCUACACAUCAAGGACAUCAAACCUGAGGACAGUGGGAGCUAUACAUGUCAGGCAGGAAGUGCAGAGACCACUGCAGCUGUGUCUGUUAAAGAGCUCCCACCAUUCUUCAAGAAAGACCUACAGAGUGUGGAGGCUGAGGAGGGAGGUGAAGCCUUCCUGUUCUGUGAACUGUCUAAACCUGGAGUGCCCGUGCAAUGGAAGAAGAACAGGCUGCCACUGAGAGCCAGCAAAAAGUAUGAGAUGAAGCAAGAUGGCUGCCUCAUUCAGCUCAACAUCAAAGAGCUCAAACCUGAGGACAGUGGCAGCUACACAUGUAAAGCAGGAAGUGAAGAGACCACUGCAUCACUGUCAGUGAAGGUGUGUUUAUUUUGGCAGAAAGCAAUUCAGUGCAAUCUACAAUGUGAAUUGGCAAAAAAAAAAAAAAAUUGUAAUCUAGCAUUCAUUAAAAUAACGUUUUCUUCUCUCUUUUCCCAUGAUGCUAAAGAUGCAUAAUAAUAUUUUUCCAAUCCUUAACCAUUUCUACCAGAGCACCCACCUUUAUUCACCCAAGACUUACAAAGCAUAGAGGCUGAGGAGGGAGGUACAGCCUGCCUGCGCUGUGAGUUGUCUAAACCUGGUGUGCCAGUGCAGUGGAGGAAAAACAAGCUGCCUCUGAGGGCCAACAGGAAGUAUGACAUAAAGCAGGAUGGCUUCCUCCUUGAGCUUCACAUUAAAGAGCUCAAAACUGAAGACACUGGAAGCUACUCAUGCCAUGCAGGAAAUGCAGAGACCACCGCGACUGUGUCAGUGAAAGAGCUCCCACCAUUCUUCAAGAAAGACCUACAGAGUGUGGAGGCUGAGGAGGGAGGUGAAGCCUUCCUGUUCUGUGAACUGUCUAAACCUGGAGUGCCCGUGCAAUGGAAGAAGAACAGGCUGCCACUGAGAGCCAGCAAAAAGUAUGAGAUGAAGCAAGAUGGCUGCCUCAUUCAGCUCAACAUCAAAGAGCUCAAACCUGAGGACAGUGGCAGCUACACAUGUAAAGCAGGAAGUGAAGAGACCACUGCAUCACUGUCAGUGGAAGGUGUGUUUAAUUGGCAGAAAGCAAUUCAGUGCAAUCUACAAUGUGAAUUGCACCCACCUUUAUUCACCCAAGACUUACAAAGCAUAGAGGCUGAGGAGGGAGGUACAGCCUGCCUGCGCUGUGAGUUGUCUAAACCUGGUGUGCCAGUGCAGUGGAGGAAAAACAAGCUGCCUCUGAGGGCCAACAGGAAGUAUGACAUGAAGCAGGAUGGCUUCCUCCUUGAGCUUCACAUUAAAGAGCUCAAAACUGAAGACACUGGAAGCUACUCAUGCUAUGCAGGAAAUGUAGAGACCACCGCGACUGUGUCAGUGAAAGAGCUUUCAUCAUUCUUCAAGGAAGACUUAAAAAAUGUGGAAGCUGAGGAGGGAGGAACAGCCUUACUGUGCUGUGAGGUAUCUAAGCCUGGGUUAUCAGUGCAAUGGAAGAAGAACACGCUGCCACUGAGAGCCAGCAGGAAGUAUGAAAUGAAGCAGGAUGGCUGCGUCUUCCAGCUCCACAUCAAGGAUCUCAAACCUGAGGACAGUGGGAGCUACAUGUGUCAAGCAGGAAAUGCAGAGACCACUUCAAGUGUGUCUGUCAAAGAGUUCCCGUUAUUCUUCAAGGAAAAAUUAGAAAGUGUGGAGGCCGAGGAGGGAGGUGAAGCCUCCCUGUACUGUGAACUGUCCAAAUCUGGAGUGCCAGUACAGUGGAAGAAGAACAGGUUGCCACUCAGAGCCAGCAGAAAGUAUGAGAUGAAACAAGAUGGCUGCCUCCUCCAGCUACAUAUCAAGGACCUCAAACUCGAGGACAGUGGCAGUUAUACAUGCCAAGCGGGAAGUGCAGAAACCACUGUGACUGUGACAGUGAAAGAGCUCCGUCCACUCUUCAACAAAGACUUACAAAAUGUAGAGGCUGAGGAGGGAAGUUCAGCCUCUCUAUGCUGUGAGGUAUCUAAGGCUGGGUUGUCCAUUCAAUGGAAGAAGAACAGACUGACACUGAGAGCCAGCAGGAAGUAUGAAAUGAAACAAGAUGGCUGUCUCCUCCAGCUCAGCAUCAAGGAUCUCAAGCCCGAAGACAGUGGCAGCUACUGCUGUCAAGCAGGAAGUGCAGAGACCACUUCAACUGUAACAGUAAAAGAACUCCCUCACUUCUUCAAGAAAGAAUUGCAAAACAUGGAGGCUGAGGAAGGAGGUACAACCUUCCUGUACUGUGAGCUGUCUAAACCUGGAGUGCCAGUGCAAUGGAACAAGAAUGGGCUGCCACUGAGAGCAAACAGGAAGUAUGAGAUGAAGCAAGAUGGUUGCCUCCUUCAGCUCCACAUCAAGGAUCUCAAACCUGAGGACAGUGCCAGCUAUACAUGUCAAGCAGGAACUGCAGAGACCACUGCAACUGUGUCAGUAAAAGAACUACAAUCUGAUCCACAUAAGGCAGAGCCUCCCACAAUACUGCCUCGGGCAAAAGGUACUGUCUCAGAACCAACUCCUACACCAGAGAAUGAGCGGCCUGACCUCCCAGACGCCCAACUUGUUCCUCCAGUUCCCAAGAGAAGGACAAUGCGAAAAGCAUCUAUUACAGUUUCAGAAAAAGAUAUGGAACUCAUGAUUGACGUAAGACAGCCUAUACAAUCUAUGCAGAGUGAGAAUAACAAAGACCAAAAUGGGAUCCAACCUACAAGAUCUGUGGAGGGAGACUUUGAUAUUGUAAAUGUAAAACAGCUGGAGAGGAAUAAGGACAAAGACAGUCAAGUUUACAAGAAAGAUGAUAAACCAGAGAUGUUACUUGAGAAGGAUGGUGGGAAAGUGAAAAAGCCAUGUAGGGCUUUGGAAAUGGAAAGUGAAAUUUUCAUGGAGAGGAUGCAACCAGAAAGAAAUCUGGAGAAAUUGGUUAGCGUUGGCCAUGAAGUAAGUCAGUCAGAUAGGUUUCUUGGAGAAACAGUGUGUGAACAAAAGAAACCUGAAGCUGAACAGAGCUCAAACCAACCAGCAAAACCAUCAGAGAAAACAAGGGAAGUGGAGAAGAAGGUGAACCCUCCAGGAACAGUUGUAUGGAAGAACAGCGAGGACGAAAAAGAGCCCUUGAAACCACAUGAGAGGCUUAUUGGGGAGGAAACAAUGAAGAAAGAAGAAGUGAGGUCUACAGUUAAGGAGGUUGAAAUUAACAAGAAAGAAGAGGAGCCUUUGAAACCACCAAUAAGAUCUAAAGUAAAGGUACCAAGGGAAAGGGAACCAUUUCAUUAUGUUGGAAAGGAAACUGAGGAGAUCAUUCCUCAAUCAUUAAACACUACAAUAACUGAUUCUGAAGAAGACCUUAAACAGAGAGACAACAUGACAACAAAAGAGAAAAUGCCAGUGACACAGGUGCCUUCUAUGAAUCAGUUGGACAAACAAGCAGUAAAACUACCAGAAAAACCUGUGAAUAAAGAGGCUGAACUUGCCCCUCCGAAACCACCUGUGAGGACAAAAAGCAAAGCGAAGGGGGGAAUGGAAAAACAAUUAUCGAGGGACACUGAGACAGAUCAAGAUGAACAACAGCCGACAAGAGGUAUGGUGAGAACAACUGAAGAUGAGCCAAUAAAACAUGCAAUAAGGCCUUUGAAACAAGAGGUUGUAGAGAAACCAACAUUUGAAAGAAACCAGUCAGUAACAACAGACACCGAAAUACCUGAGAAAAUGAAGCAACAGGUGAAAGCUGCAGAGAAGGAUGCAAUCACUAAACAGCCAAUCAAACAACCAGUAAAACCCAUCAGAAAAGAACCUGACGUGGACCGGGAAAUGACACUGGCAGUUGAACCAAUGAGAAGGGAGGAAGAACCACAAACAACAGGAAACAUUCCUCUUCUUUAUAUUUCUGAAGAUGAAACUUUCUUAGAAGCUUUGACUGAGUUACCAGCAGACAACAGCAAUGACCAACCCAUUGGUUCUUUUACUGAGAGGUCAACCCAACCUUCCACCCUUUCUCCAGUUAACGUGCUCCAGAGGACCCUCCCAUCAGAGGAGGCCACACCUGAGGUGGACAUUAGCAUUGAGGAUGAACCACAAAUGCAAGAGGCUGCAGUAAAGAUUCAGGCUGCCUUUAAAGGCUUCAAAACUCGCAAAGACAUGCGACCAGCCUUUAAAGAGGUCUUUAAGAACCAGAGUGCAGAUCUUAACAGUACAGUCACUUUAGUGUGUGUUGUAGAAGGAAAACUCAGCACAGUGAAUUGGCUGAAAGAUGGACAGCAAAUCACUAAUGAUAAGAGAUACCGUAUUGAGACUUCAGAGAAUGGGGUAUGCACUCUGGUGAUCACCAAACUGACCACCAAUGACAGUGGCAUCUAUACAUGUGAGGUGGUGAACAAGUUUGGUGUGACCUCCUACAAUGGAAACAUAACAGUAGUCCAGAAGCCUGUACACCCGCCUCUUGCAGCCAUUACUCCUCUGCAACUCGCCCUACUGAAGCCUGAGGCUCAGGUCAUAACACAGACUCAUAAUCUGUCUCAGACUCAAACUCAGGUACCCACUUCAACUAUAGAUGCUGCAAAUUAUGUAGAGAGUGUGAACGUCUCUCUGUGGGAGGCCUACAAUCUGACAGAGAAGGAUACUCAGAUCAACCUCCAAGAGAGGAGAAGAUCCUCGCUCAUUGCUGCCAGCUCCAUGUCAAGUCCCUCUGAUUAUGACACCGCUCCAGAUAUAAUGGAACCUGUUGAAAUCAGUCCAGCUAUACGAAGGCAAGAACCUAAAGCAGCAGACCAAGUGCCUCCAAAAGACAGUAAAGAGCAGAUAGCUGCUCCACAACCUCCUAAGAACCUACUAAAGGUCAAAGGAACCCAUGAAGGCAAAAUGAGGACACCAUCUCCUAAACAUCAUCGUGCCCACACACCCUUAACUGGUACUGUUUCUGGAUCAGAGUCUGAAGGGGAAGAGGAUAGACAAGAGACAUUUGAAAUGUAUGUGGCUCGAGCUGACUGCAGUCCUAUCAGUGGAAAUAAGGACAGUUUUAUUCUGAAAGAGGGCCAGUAUGUAGAGGUCGUGGACUCUGUUCAUCCUGACAGAUGGCUGGUGAGGACCAAACCCACCAAAACCAACCCUGCACGGCAGGGGUGGGUGUGUCCAGCCUACUUGGAGAAGAAGAGAAAGGAGACCUUCCCACAACUGAGAGCACCUCAAGAGGAUCUUGAUGGCAUUGGAUCUACAGGAGAAGAGUACAGGAGAACACUGAGCCAACUGAUUCAAGGCCUGAUUGAUGGAGAGGAGGAGUUUGUAAAGGAGAUGAGGGUGUUCACCUCUCAUCAGCUAAAAUAUUUGGAGUCUAGUCGCCAAGCCCCCGUCAACGUCCUCAACCAAAAAGAGAUUAUCUUCAGGAAUAUCAAGGACAUUGUUUCUCUCCAUGAGCGGUCCAUUCUUCCCAGACUGAGAGACUGCGUCACAGAUGAUGAUGUUGCUAUGCACCUCAUCAAGCACACUGAAGACUUUGAAAAGUAUCUUUACUAUAUGGUGGGGCAGGCACAAGCAGAGGCAUGCCUCACUGACAAGGCUAUCCAGCAAUAUUUCAAAGAGUUAACAGAAUCUGGUAAGCCUGAAGCUCCUGUCAUGGAUGUCAUUACCUUCCUUCAGAGACCAGUAGAGAGGAUUCAGACCUACCAGGCUUUACUGAAGGAAUUCAUCAAGAACAAAGCAAAGAGUGGCCAGAGCUGUUUCCUACUGGAAGAUGCUUUCUCUCUGGUGUCCUGUCUACCCUGGAGGUCUGACAACAUACACCAGGUCUCCCUCAUCGAGAAUUACCCAGCACCUCUUGUUGCUCUGGGCGAGCCUGUGCGACAGGGAGUCUUCACAGUAUGGGAGGAAUCGCCUGAAAUGAAGACAACCUCUAGAGGGCAUCAGAGACAAGUCUUUCUCUUCAAGGAAUGUAUUGUACUUUGUAAGCUGAAAAGAGACACUGGCAUGAACAGUGAUACGUACACCUUCAAGAAUAAGAUGAAGCUGAAUGAUGUGGAAAUAAAGGAGACUUUGGGUGGAGAUGAAAAGUCUUGGAGGUUGUGGCAUGAGCACAGGGGCUCAGUGCGGAGGUAUACACUGCAAGGCCGCUCCACAAUGGUUAAACUCUCCUGGCUCAAGGAUCUCAAGGAGCUACAGCAACGUUCCUGCCUGCCCACUAACAGCCCAUUAGUGUUUGAGUCACAGCUGUCUGAUUGCACAACAAAGAUAGGACAGACUAUCAAACUGAGCUGCAAGGUCACAGGAUCACCCAAACCAGCAGUGAGCUGGCUCAAAGAUGGCCUCCCUCUGGAGGAUGACCCCCGUCACAUUAUUACAGAAGACCGGACAGGCACCUGCUGUCUCAUCCUUGACAGCCUGACUGCAGAGGACUCUGGACAGUACACAUGCUACGCUGCCAGCAGUAUGGGUAGUGCUGCCACUCUAGCUAAGGUUGUGGUGCAAGCUCCACCCAGAUUUGUGAGUCGGCUGGAGAGUGCUUGUCUGAUAGAAAGAGAGGAUAUCCAGUUCACUUGUUCCACACUCACUACUCCUUUACCACGAAUCAGGUGGUUGAAAGAUGGCAGAGAGCUGACUGACCAGCAAAAAUAUUCAGUCCUGAACGAUGCUCGGAGUGGGAUCUUGUCUUUAACGGUCAUCUGUGCAACAGAGGCAGAUAUUGGACAGUAUGAGUGCGAGCUUUGGAAUGAGUUUGGCUGCGUCAAGUGCAAAGCAGGGCUGUGCCCAGCCUAUGUACCACCAAUUGACAUUAAGAGCGACCAACCACAGGAUUUACCUUCUAAAGAUGAAGACUCAGAGGGAUGGUCCACUGCCUUUGUUAAGAAAUGGUUACAAACAGACUUUAACCCCUCAUCUACUGCUAAGAUGAUCCUCCCUCCUGGAUACAAUGAACACACUGAGGAGACUGUUCCUGCCUCUACAUCCAUUGAACAGCAGCCUCUGUAUUUUCUAGAGGAAGAAGAGGAAGAGAUCUACAUCACAGAGCCAAUGCAGGAAAUUACAGAUGCUCCUCCCUCCAUCCAGGUACCCACUGAGGAUCUGUGUGUUGAGCCUGGCCAACCAGCUACAUUUACUGCCAUCAUCACAGGAAGGCCUAUCCCUAAGAUACAGUGGUACAAGGAUGGAGAGGAAGUCACAGCCAAUGAGAAUGUGGAAAUAGUACAGCAUGGUGCCCGCUGCUCAGUGACCAUACUGUGCCCCGAGGGUGAGGACAGUGGCAUAUACACUUGCCUUUCCUACAAUGAUUCUGGGCACGCCUCAUGCCAGGCUGAGCUCACAGUGGAGGAAGGUCCACUGGAGUCUCAGGAGAGAGAGGUGGAACUGGGAAAGAGAAGGAAGCUCUUCUCUGUCUAUGACGUCCAUGAGGAAAUUGGAAGGGGAACAUUUGGGGUAGUAAAGCGCGUAGUCCACAGAAGGACAGCUGAAAUAUUUGCUGCCAAGUUCCUGCCUCUGCGGAGCAGCAAUCGGACCAGGUCCUUCCAGGAGAGGGACUUGCUCUCCCGUCUGGCUCAUCCCAGAGUGGCCUGUCUGCUGGAUUUCUUUUGCACAAGACGCACGCUGGUGCUCAUCACAGAAAUCUGCUGUUCUCAUGGAAUUGUGGACCAUUUAUUACUGAGAGGAUCAGUCUCAGAGAAAGAGGUUCAGUCAUAUAUCCAGCAAAUCCUUGAGGGAGUUGGUCACAUUCACAGCAUGAACAUUUUGCAUCUGGACAUUAAACCUGAAAAUAUCCUAAUGGUGUACCCACCGAGAGAUGAGAUCAAGAUAUGUGACUUUGGCUUUUGCCAGGAAAUAGACACAUCCAGACAUCAAUACAGCAUGUUCGGUACACCAGAGUUUGUUGCACCUGAGAUUGUUCACCAAGAACCAGUCACUGCGGCCACAGAUAUUUGGUCUGUGGGUGUUACAACCUAUUUAUGUCUGGUGUGCCGGUGCCCUUUUGUGGGUGAGACGGAUCGUGCCACACUGCUGAGGGUAGGCGAAGGGACCCUGAACUGGGAUGCCCCUGAUGUCAUGUACAGGAGCCCUGAGGCCCAGGACUUUCUCCGCAUGCUCCUUCAGCCAGAUCCAGAAAAGCGUCCGUCUGCCUUUGAGUGUUUGAGCCACCAAUGGUUCCAGGAUGCACAUGCUGGUGAAGAUACUGAUGAAAUCAACACAAAGAGUUUGAAAGUCUUCCUCUCAAAAAGAAAGUGGCAACGUUCUUUGACUUGUGUUGGUUCAGUGCUCACAUUGAGGCCCGUCCCUGAACUGCUGGACGCUCCUCUCAGGGAGACUGCAGUGACAGUGCCCCGCGAGCCCCAGGAACACAGCAGCACCUCAGUGAGCAGUGGCUCAUCAUCUGAAUAUGAUGAGGCUGACUCUUGGGACUUUUUCCAGCACUACAGCCAAACUGAGGAGGAGGAAGAAACAGAGGAGGACAAUGACCCUCUGAUUGAGAGAGCACUGAUCCCUGAGCCUUUUGUCAAACUCCACCUAGAUGAAGAGGAGGAAGAGGAAGUGACAUUAGGGGAGGAAGAGGAUGGGGAGAUUGUAGGAAGGAGGAGUGUGCUAGAGCGGAGUAUAAGUCGGCAGUCAAUUACUUCAUCAGAAGUGUCGUACCAACAUACACCACAGAGGGAGCGUAGGUUCAGCAAGGACAGUAGUCCAUCUCUCUACCUGUCUGACGGAGAUGAGGGUUCAGGGAGUGAUGGAGGUCGAAUCCCUCGAGGUAGCGUCAUCCGAAGCACUUUCUAUAGCACCUCUCACCAGCUUUCGCCUAUGUCUGCCAGACACAUGACAUUACGGGACAAAUUCCAGGCCAAAAAGCAAGAGAGAGGUCGCAAGCCACUCCGAAGAAGCUUUUCAGGACGCCUGAAUGAACCUCUUAUUGAAUAUGUGGAGGAUGAGACAGAGACCAAUCGUGGUCAGAGACGGGCAUCUGUCCAGCCCACAAUGCAGAAAUCCUGUUCCUUUGACAGUGGAGUUGGCCUCGUCCACACCAACAUAUCCCCUCACAGGAGGAGCAGGUCUCUGGAUGAGUAUUCUCGGCGAUCUCCCAGCUCACCCAAGCGCACUAAGCCAGGUGACGAAGAGGGCAGUCAAAGUCUGAAGGAAGAUUUCACAGAUGAUGAAGUGGGAGGGAAAAACUUGUUGGCCAUUCCAGGUCCUCGACGACCUGCAAGAUUAAGGGGCUCUGUUGCACCGUUACAAGGGACUCGCACACUUAGUGGACCCUCAAGCCUCCUUGCUGGAGACAGAGGGGGCCUCAGGCUGAAUCAGGAGCAGACAGAAGGAGACACUUUUGCUGGCUCCCAGGGUUCCCUGGCUGAGUCGUCUAUUCUAGAACAAGGUGGCUCAGAGUCUUCAAGUAGACUUGGCUCUCAUGAGGACUUGAGUCACGGUCGUCUCAGAGGAAGAUACAGAUCAGGAGGGAGUGAGGAGUACGAUGAUCAAGGGGAACCUCUGAUUUCACCAUCACCUUGCUCCUCAUUCCAAGAAGUUAAACCCAGAAACUCAUAUCCGCAGGCACCACCACGGAACCGCACACGCUCCAACCCCAACUUAUCUGCAAACAGCAGAAGUCAGAUGGGGAGUUCACUUAUACCCAGCCCCAGCCCCAGCCCCAGCCUCUCCUCUCUCCAGGCUCCAGAGAGGCCUCCCAGGGCCAAAGACAAGAAGGAAGGCCACAACCUCCAGAGGCAUGCAUCUGCUCCCGCCCUUGAAGCCCGGCCACCUACAGGAAAAUCACCCAAGCUGGGACUGCUGAAGAUCUUCCGCAGGCAGUCCUGGACUGGCCAUUCCUACGCGCAGCUAGAGGACACAGAGUUAGGACCAACACUAGGAGAGAUAAUGAAGCCAGAUACUCCCACCAUGUCUUUGAGGAAGAAAAUGAGAGCUUCGGCCUCCAGCCUGACCAAACUGUUUUCAAGGUCUUCCAGUAAGGAGGACGUGAGUAAAGGAGGCCCAAUAGUAAAAGGAUCAGCUCCCAUCCCACCUGAAAGGAAGCGUGGUACUGGUCUUGAGACCUCAAAAAAGAGGACUUCCAAACUCUUGCCUUCUUUGAAAAUACCAGCAUUCAAAAGGACAAAAGUCCGUCCAAACAAGGCUGAUGUGUUCCAGUUAGAUGGAGGUGGAGUCCUGCUGGUGUGGAGGCCAGUCCAGUCUAGUGACCCCGUCACGUACUGCGUGCAGUACUGUACAGACGGUGGAGAGUGGACAGUCCUGUCGGAGGAAGUGACAGAUAGCUGCUAUGUGGUGAAGGAUUUACCCAGAGGAGCUUCUUAUGUGUUCAGGGUGGGCUGCAUCACUAAGACAGGAGCAGGACCUUUUAGUGAUACUUCAUCACCUGUUGUUAUGGCUACUCACCCUGAAGAGACUCACAUUCCUCUCAUCCAGACUGAGUCCCUGGGGUCAAAGGUCGUUAGGUCACAGCAACCGACAACACAGCAGACCUACAACUUUCUCUCUGAGAUCAACAGGGGUCGUUUCAGCAUAGUAACCCUGUGUAGGGAUGCUAAGACCAGCCAAGUGUUUGCUGCCAAGAUCACCCCUUACCAAGCAGAGCAGAGACAGUUGGUGCUGAGGGAAUACCAGCUGUUGAAGAAGCUGCAUCACACCCACCUGGUCCAGCUGCACACUGCCUACAUCACCUCCUCCCACCUGGUAUUAGUGGAGGAGCUCUGCCCUGGCAAAGAGCUGCUCUACAGUCUGGCUGGAAGAGAUCUCUAUUCAGAGGCUCAGGUUGCAGAGUUGCUGGUUCAGAUUCUGAGCGCAGUUGACUACCUUCACAGCCGUCGAGUCAUCCACCUGGACCUGAAGUCUGACAACAUGCUGGUGGACGAUGGCAACCACCUGAAAAUCAUAGACUUUGGCUCGGCUCAGUUCUUCAUACCUGGUCAGCCUCUCAACAUAGAGCACAUUCAGGGCCUGUCGGAGAGCAAAGACUGCAGCAGCAAAGUUUAUAUUGUCCUUCCUAAAGCUCCGGAGAUCCUGGAGGGUCAGGGUGUUGGGCCUGAGACUGAUGUUUGGGCUAUUGGAGUUCUGUCUUUCAUCAUGUUGAGUGCUGAAAGCCCAUUUCAUGCAGAACACAGCUGGGAGCAAGACAGAAACAUCAGGAAAGGAAAAAUCCAGUUUGGACGUUGUUACCCUGGUCUCUCAGAGGGAGCCUUAAACUUCAUGAAGAGCAGCCUGAAUAACAAAUCCUGGGGGAGGCCCACUGUAGCUGAGUGUCUCCAGAACCCAUGGCUACGCGCCCAUCGUGCCCCACACAAGGCACGUCACUCCAAGGUGUGUUUCUCCACAGACAAGCUUAAAGCUUACCUCAGCCAGAAGGAGGAGAAACGAGACCAGGUCUGCACCAAGCUUCGGAGUCCAUUCUUCCAGUAA